AUGGAUUCGAGAUAUGGUGUUUUAUUUAAAUUUAGUAUGGACACAGUGGAAGGUCUUCGAUUGGUCCAAGAUAAUUGUGUUCAUAUUAAAAAGGGCGUGCGAAAAUUGAUUAAAAAAUUUAAUAUUUUUUCUAACACGGAUGUAACUCGCACUAUUAAGUUAUCCCAAUCCGGUGUUGAAAAACAAUAUCAAUUAAGAAUUGCACCAAAUACGGACCUAAUUUACUCUACUGCAGAUCCACUAUAUAAGGGUGACUGGAAUGCGAUGGGUUUUGUAACUGUUCAUUUCGAGUCUGUUACUUCGGAAACUAAAACGAAGCUACAUGAAAAUUCGACCAAGGAGGAAGAAGGAAGCGCUAAAAUAGAUGGACAAAUUGAGGAAAUCAAAAACCGUCUCAUAAAAUUGGAGACACUGGUAACUUCUGACAGCUGUGGUCCUAUCAAGAAAAGUACUCCAGGACCCGCUGCUAUUAAGAAAACUCCUCAAGCACCAACUACAGCUCCUGUUAAUCCUGCCGAAAAUGCGGCUCCUCUGAUAGCUACUCCUAAAAAAUCAACUCCUACGGUGACAUCGAGGCCCAGUCUAAACAAAGUUGCAAAUGGUACUGCUCCGAAAACUGCCACUCCCAAAGUAUCGGCCAAACCUGCCGUUAUAAAGCUUGCAAAUAACAUCAGUGCUGAUUCGUCUGUUAAAGUGACUCCGGCUAAACCAGUUGAUUCUAAAAAAACAACUCCCACGGUGACAUCGAGGCCCUGUCUAAACAAAGUUGCUAAUAAUACUGCUCCGAAAACUGCUACUCCCAAAAUAUCGGCCAAACCUCCCGUAGUAAAGCUUACAAAUAAUAUCAGUGCUCAUUCGACUACUAAUGUGACUCCGGCUAAACCAGUUGCUUCUAAAGCCAAAAAGAACGUUUCCCUGGAGAAUUAUCCAACACCACUUGUGAACUCUACUCCUCAUGUUCCAACUAAAUCCCAGGUUGGUGGAGGCCAGGAGUUGUCAUCCAGUCUGAAACGACCGUAUAACACUUCUGCUGAUUCUACGGAAGCGCUCUCUGUUGCGAAGAAGCCAAGACAGGAGCAAACAUCUGAUCCUGAAGCCCUUGCACAUCUGGAAGAGAUUAUUGAUGCUGUCGCUGUAGGACUUGAUGAUCCCAAUGAUUUUGCAAUCGAGCCCCCAUUUACACAGCAUGUAGUGGACGAACAAUCUGUUGUGGGUUAUGAAACUGACCAGGAGGUAAUCCCCAUUAUGGACUAUCAGGAGUUUGUGGAGACUGCACCCAAGAAAAAGAAGUCGAAAAAGCACAGACAUUCGAAGGAGAAUGAAAUUAACGGUGUACUAGAAUAA